AUGAAAUACAACAACGUACUCUUGCUACUGGCUCCGCUCAAAGCUUGGAGUCGCCAGUGUAUCUGCGGAUAUGCAAACCAGCAUGAUGGCGCUUCCGUUCUGCCGGAGCAGGCUGACACGCAUGCAGAGGCCAUCUCCCAAGACCGACAACAAGGCAGUACAGAUGAACAUUCGCAAUCUGCUGCUGCUGCUGGGAACGGGAAGCAGACGGGGCCGCAGGAAUAUCCAUUCAUAGCCGCGGUUGUGUACAAAUCCGAGCCUCGGGGAACACCAUGCGCUGGCGCCAUUAUUGAUGAGCAUCACGUACUCAUUGCUGCGCACUGCGUCAACGGCGUGCGAGCAGAUGAUGUCGGUGUUUACGCCGGAUCAAACAGGUUCAAUGCGACAGGAGCUAAGCUUGAGACGGUCAUGGUCAUCCAUAACCACCCUCAGUGGGACCCGGAACGACUUGUCUACGACAUUUCCCUGCUUCAAUUACAAGAUUCCCUGACCUUUGAUGGACAUUCGACAGGUGCCGUAUGUGUGCUUGAUCAUCUCGAGCAUAUAGACAACCAGAAAGCCGUUGCGGUGGCGUGGGACUCGACGUGGGAUGGAGGACAAGCCGUUUCGCCGCUUUUGCAAGCAACCUUUGAGACUCAUGACCUGGCAUCCUGCAGUGCUCGCCCAUCUGGCGGACCGCAGUUCUGUGCAUACGGAACGGAACCGGCCGAGUGCCAAGACGCCUUCGAGGGGCCCGUGUUGCUGUGGCAGAACCCGGGCUCUAGGAGAUACUCUGUACUUGGGAUAUCGUCGUACGGCCGGAGCUGUCGACAGGCCCCAGAGAUUGUCACUGAUACUACUCAGCUUACGCCGUGGAUGCAGAGUGUAUUGCGGACAGAUGGCGGCAGGCUUUGCGAAUGA